AACACGCUACGUUAGCUGGCUCUGCCGCUGCUCUCCCAGAAUCAGUAUGUAGAGAAAUCCACGUGUGUAAGCUCCUGAUAUUAGACAGUCUCUCUCGUGCUUCUAAGACCGAUCUUACCUUUGUUAUUCGUUAUAAGUAGUUUCUGUAACGUACAAAAGGUUGUACGUAUUAGAUAAUUCUAACAUUAGCCAGUUAGGACCUCACUUUCAAUUAAACUGAGCAAAGUGAAGCGACAUAUAGGCAAUCAGCUCUAAUCAAGCCAUGAAAGUCCAGUCGCCAGGAAUAAACCAACACAAUGGAUCACCAAGAGGCCAUAACCAACACAAUGGAUCACCAAGAGGCCACACUAUUUACCACGUUCCCAAGGAAAAACUUUCUAGAGUUUUGUUUCUAAAGAUAUGGCUUGGAACUAUUGUUUUCCUCUUUGUUGCUGGUGUCGUAUUGCUCGUCCUGGGGGUGGUUUUUUGGCAGACGGGCCUUGCACUUUUUCUUGGUGGUCUCUUUUGCUUAACUCUUGCUGUGCUGACGUUGUCUGUAUACGUUUGGUACCUUCGUUGGCGAAGUACUGGGGUUGUGGACAAGAGCAGAAAGGAUCAAAAUACGAUAUCUACUAUUGGGAAUCCAGAAUUAUACACCCCAGCCCCCCUACAACUCAAAUCUGACUAUCCCAUGGGACCUCUUCUCAUUAUGACUCUUCCCAGAACCAAGUGCUUACCUUCAUCCCAUCCACUAGGUGACGCUGCUGUAGAAUCGACUCCUGAUAUUGAUAGAAAGAUAUACCCGUUAAAACCAUGCAAUAAAAAUCUUCCUCCACUAGCAAGUGCUGAAACAUUGUCACCUUCAUUGACGUCAUCGGUUGUGAGCAUCGAUACUGCCAUCUAGCGUUACCAUAAAGAACACAAUACUUGCUUCCUGUUACAAAUGUUAAAUUAAUCGUUUCAUCAAGUAAUGUUAUAAAUUAGAGAAAAUGAAAUGGCUGGACCAUCAUUUUUACAGAAUGUCUUUAAUUACAUGCACUUGUAGCUCUUCUAGGUGUUUAAAAAUAGAUUUUUGUUAUCAAAGAUUACUGUAAGAACCAGCGUUUGCAUCACUACAAAAUCAUAUAACAAUAAAUUAGUUUAUACGACAAUCUUUCGGUUCCAAUAUUUUGGGAUAAUAUGAAUGAUAAGACAUAAACUUUUUUUAUAGCUAAUAUGUUAUUUAUGUAAAUAUAUAUAUCUUUUUAAUGACAUUAUGAUUAUGUACAUUAUGUACUCUGAAUGAGAACCAACUUUUGUACUUUACUUAAAGCUCAUAAACAUUCACUUCUUAGCUUUUCUAGGUGAAACUAGCGUUCAGAGUCUGAGAAGUCACUUUUCGUAGUAAGUACUUUUUUUUGUUCGUGGGAGCAUGGCGGAAACUUACUUUCACAAUGAAACAGAUUAAAAAAUAUAAGCAUAUAUUUCCCAAAGUUAUCAUCAAGUCAUAUUUAUUAAUAUCUUUGAAAAUGUUUAUGUUUCUGGGUUUUUU